CUUAUACAGACUGCAAGGGUAUGUGGGACCACUUGAAUUGCUGGUCUCCUGCUUUUGUAGGGGAAACUGCAUCACAUAACUGUCCCAAUUUCUUCAAAUCAGAAGGUAAAGUGUACCGGAACUGCACAGACACGGGCUGGACGGACCCAUUCCCUCCGUACGAGCAUGCAUGUUUCAACGAAACCUUACACUUACUUGGAGAGUCACAUGACUCCCACAUGUACUUCCCCUACGUGAAGACCAUGUACACUGCAGGCUACGCUCUCUCUCUAAUCUCUCUCACCAUCGCCAUCACCAUCCUCUGUCUCUUUAGGAAACUGCACUGCACCAGAAACUACAUCCACAUCCAACUCUUUGUCUCCUUCAUCCUGCGUGCUUCCUUCAUCUUCAUCAAAGACUCUGUGCUCUUCACCGAUGAAGACUUCUACCAUUGUGACGACUACCCAGUACGUAUCUACUGUACUUUGUAGUGACUGUCAAUGCAUGUGUAAAU